GCACUGUUAAAGCCUGCAACUGCAUGCAUACCACACGUUAGUUCCUUUCACAUGUUGACUAUUGGUUUCGGAAACAGACUUAUGCCACUAAAUAUAUAUAUAAGACAAUGAAUUUAACCCACAGCGCUCAGGGGUUGCGGUUUGUUUAUGAAAGUAACAUUGAACAAACAAACAGCCUUAAGCACGCUUAGAUCUCUGUGGGUAAAAGUUUCCAUAUAUCAUCUUAUUGCAGUGAAACCCAAGCAUCAAAGCAAAGCGCAGACAACUGUGAUUCGGCCAUGUUUAGAGUAUUACCUACCAAUCCAGCACAAGAAGUGAUUAUUCAAGAACCUUUGUAUUAUACUGAAUCAUCAUGCAUGUGUUUUCUUUUUCGCUGUGAUUUAAAAUGUGCCACAUACAAAAAAGGUUAUUGUACUUUAACAUGCUAGCAGAUCAUUUAACUAGAUGCUCUGGAUCUGAAGGUGCAGCUGACAGAAGUUCAUUCUGUAUUUCUCAAAGCAAAAUUCUUACAAAAGCCCAUUUCUAAUAUCAAAUGUAAAUAUUUGUUUGCAAUCAACUAAUGCUGUUUUUAAACCCCAAAAAUCAUGAUUUAACACAUAGUAAGCUACUAUGGGACCAUAAAGUUUGCAAGAAUAAAUAUGCUGUUAUUUGCAUUAAAACAGGAAAAUAAAAUUGAGGUAUUGUGAAAUUUAUAUUAUAAGAAUAUAAUAAGGUGUGCUGUAAAAGUUUGACAAAAAGGAUGUGCUGUGAGCCUGUUUUUCCAUUGACUGCAAAUAGGGGGCAGUAGUUCAUUAGUUGACAUGUUUUACAGGAUAAUAUUGAUAGUGGUCAUGUUAGUGGACAUGUUUUGGGGUUAAAUAAUCGAUUAGGCAUAAAAAGCAUGCAAAGAGUGUCCAACAUCCAUGACAGGCUGAAUUAUCUGGAAUAGCACAUGACUGGGUGAGCUUUUAUUAUUCUGAACUUGUUGUGUAACAACAAAAAAAAAAAAGGAAAUAAAAGGUCAAAAACUACUGAAAAUAAGAGUUCACAAGAAUUAAAUAUUACCAGUUGAUCAUUACACCAGACCCAGAUUCAGAAGACUCCAAUCGUGAGCAUAAGAACAAAAGAUAAGCCACACCACAUGCUAAACGUCUUGGGUCAGACAGCCUGAAUGGAAAAAUGACAACAGCCAAUCAGACCCAGACAUCAUCUAAAUCUGAAAGACAAGGCUUGACUCCUCUAAACCAGGCGUUUCACACCCACACUUCGAACAAACGCUCCAUAAGAUGUUGUCAAAUGCUCAGAGGACCUCAACUAUGCUUAAACUUCUGAUAUUUUUUCUACUCUUUAGGACAGGCUUCAUCGCAUCUGCUGCUGUAGUUCAAAAGAAAGUCCUGGAGACCUUCAAUGCAGGUGAAACUAUAACUUUAGAGUGCUUUAUAUCUGAAGAGCACGAGAACUACUACUCUUGGUUCAAGCAAUCUCUGGGAGAAGCUCCAACAUGCAUCCUCACUCUCUAUGCUGACUCUUUAACACCAACCUUUUAUGGAGACUUCAAGAACGAUGAAAGAUUGUCAGCUGUAAAGAACAAGACUUAUUUCGCUUUAAUUAUAAAAGAAUUAAAGCCAUCAGAUACUGGAAUCUAUUACUGCGGCACCCGUGACUAUGAUCUUAUAACUUUUAGUAAUGGGCUGUUUUUAAACUAUAAAGGGGUAAAUACGAGACAACAUCAUAUUAAGCAGUUUUUGUCUGCGGUGGACUCGAGUACUUGGGUAAAUGAACACGAGUUUAACCCAGGAGACUCUGUGAAUCUUCACUGCACUGUUCUCACUGAGAGAUGUGUAGGAAAUCACAGCGUCUACUGGUUUAGACAUGAAACAGGAGAUACACAUCCAGGAAUCAUUUACAAGCAUGGAAACAGCAAUGAUCAAUGCAAGAAGAGCUCUGAGAGAGAUUCCCAUUCACAGUCUUGUAUCUACAAUCUCCCCAAGAGAAACCUAGGUUUAACUGACGCCGGGACUUACUACUGCGCUGUGGCCAUGUGUGGAGAGAUACUGUUUGGGAAUGGAAGUAGGCUUGAAAUUGGAGAACCAUUUUCUGAGUUUGCCUGGACUGACUUAAAGGUCCCAGUUUUGGUAGCAACAAAUAUAUUGUGCUUGGUGAUCAUCGCUAUCCUUCUGCGCAAGAGAACACAAAAACAAGAAACAUUUUCUGAAACCCAGCCAUUACAAACACUUUCUUCAUCUCCUGCUAAUGAGGGUGCACCAGAGGAGAUAAGCUAUGCAGCGGUACAUUUCCCUGGAAGAAACUUAAACAGACACGAGACUGAAAGAAGCUCACAUGCACAUGUAGUGUACUCAGCUGCUAGAGGUUACAGUACCAAAUAAUAAUUCUGUGAUAUAAUUCUGUAAUAUAACAUUUAAAUGAAAGUAAUAUUGCCCUAUGUGUUUAUUAGUUGUGUAUGAAUGCAGUUGUGAGCUCUAAUAAAACAAAUGCCACUGUCUUACAAAAACUUUUGUCUUUUUAUACCACUUAUAGUGAUUCUAUUAUCAUCCACAACAAGCCUACCAGUUACAAACACUGUAUGAUUCCUCAAGAAACAAAGGUUUUGAAUUCACUGUUGGAAAAACAUUUUAUAACAAGGUAUUUUAGUUACUGAUAGCCCUAUUCUUUCACUAAUAACAUUUAUUAUAUUAGUGAACCAAUGAUCAGGGAAGCAGAACUGAAAUAUUGCAAUGUAUACUCUGUAGAACAACAAUUCACUGUGUUUAUGACUAAGAGGGUCAAAAUACACCCAGAAUAAACAUCUUCAAUGCUUCGCCCUUAAAAAAAAAAAAAAAAAAAAAAAAAUCUGCCCUGUUUGUUCGUGGCCACUCAGUUACAGUAGCCUACCAGGCUUUUUAGCGCCGAUCACCUGAACCUAAAUACAUAUGAAUGUUAAAAAAAAAUUAAAAAUUAAAAUAAAAAAAACAUAAAUUUCAUAUUUAAGCAGUUUAAAGGUCUGUUUGAUGAAGACUAUAACGCACAAAUAAGCUUAUCUGAACCAGAUGAAGCAGAAUUUCUAGUGUGCAGUUGUUUUGAUAACGAUUGUCUAUUUAACUCCCCCUGCUGUUGAGAAUCGAAAUUGCAAAGGUUAAGCAGUUUGUAUUAAAACGCAGUUCAAGAACUCAAAUGUUUCCAACUCAGCCUCAUGUACAGACCUCAGGUUAGACGCCAUAUUGAAUUUAACGUGGAUGAAAAUGUGAGAGAUAGACGUAGCCUAGUCUUUACAAUGACGCACUGUAAAGGUCCUAGAUCACGUAAUUUUCACAACUCACACAUUUUAAAACAGUUUAGCCUAUAAAGUGUUUGACUACUGAAAGUUUUUUUUUUUUUUUUUUUUCAAAAAGACAUUGAACAUGAACAAUCGGAUUGUUGUUGUUAACCAACAGUAGGCCCCUACCUGGUUUCUCUUCACAGUCUCGUUUUCAUUCCUGUCAAAAAUUAAAUAAGUCUUUGCUAAGGUCUAUAGCCUGCUAAAUGUCAUCUUUGUACUAGAGGUCCUGAGAUCGACUUGGCAUAAGACAAUUUGGUGAAUAAAUCUGAUGUUACUGAAAAGUGGCAGCCAGUGAGAGUUUGUUUUGUUUUGUUUUUUUAUAUUUAAAACACCCAAAAACACAUAAAUACAUAUAGAAUGCUGCAUUAAACAAUUCCUUAAGGGGAAAAAUAAAUAAAUCAACUCCAUAGCGCAUUCCAAGGGCUUAGAACGUUCCAAUGUUCCGCCAGUAGUGGCCACGCAUGCAACGUAAGCAAACGUACAUCCGAGUCAACGAGACUGAGGGAAGUUAGCGAGGGAAGGGCAUAAAAAACGAACUGGAACGCAUCCUUGGACGUGCCUUGAUGCCUUCCUACCUUGAAAUGUGUCCUCCGAAGGCAGCAUUUUCCAGUUUUUGGACGCAGGCAUCGACUUGUGGACGACCCUGUAUAAUUCGCUCUUCCUCUUCUUCUCUUGAAUCAGUUUCUGGUUCAAACAUACGGAAGCCCUAAACGGCCAUGGAUUAUUAUUUUUUUUCUAUCUUGUUUUCUCGUGAUCACGACUUAUUUUCUCGUGAUCUCGAGAUAACAAAAGUUGUUUUCUCGUGAUCACGACUUAAUCUCUGCUGUAAAUUACACAAAUGUGCCAACAGGUGUCAGUAUAUUACCAAAUAUAACUGAUGAUGUGCAGUAAAUUUCCACUUUACUGUAUUAGUUCAUAUUGGCCCAGAUUGUACGAGUUUCGGACAGAGAGAGUCUUCGUGAUCGCUUUAUUUUGUGCAGUACUGUGUGCGUUAAGUAAUU